AUGGCACAGCACCUGUCGCAGAAGAUGAGGCGAAACGGUAGCGUGCUCUCGGGUUCUGACUAUGACCUGACGGAGAUACCGACGCCCGCAAUCUCUGCGGACUGGCUGGAGCAGGAGUACCGGUACGACGGCUACGUCUUUCUCUCAAAGCAUGCCGCAAGCUCCGGGGUUCUGGCGCUCACCUGCCACUCCACGGGAAACUUUGCGCAUGCCGCCUUUGGAGGGGGCGACCGGCAGGUGGCAGUGCCAUACCCUGAUCUGCAGAAGAGGUAUCUCCGCCUGCUAAAGGCGCGACAGGAGGACUUUGCGGACUUUCAGAUCACAAUCGAGGCAACGCACCACGGCCCCACGGCGCUCUCAAAGCCAUCACUCUUCAUAGAGGUGGGAACCACGCAGGCGCAGUGGGAUGAUGGAGACCUGUGUGGCAGGGUGGCAGAGGUGGUAGACGAGGCAAUGCGGCAGGAUCCCGGCCGGUAUCCCGUGGGCAUAUGUUUUGGAGGAACGCACUAUCCGCGCGCCUUUACCCAGGAGCUGCUACACGGCGAGUUUGCCUUGGGAACCGUGGUGCCGCGGCGCGACCUCGGCCAUCUUGACUGCGACCUCUUCUCGCACAUUCUUGAGCGCAACGCAGGGGCCACGGCGGCGCUCCUUGACUGGAAGGGGCUCGGGCCCCACAAGCAGAAGGUCCUGGAUCUGGUCGCAGACACCGAUCUGGAGGUGAUCCGGCUCUGA